AUGCUGAAGAAGCUCAUAAAACAGUUCAUCAAACUUUUGAACUCACUUCCGCCGUCGUUCCACGCUCUUCGGAAAGAUCUCAGACCGCUCGCACGCGGAUCCAGACAAGCGCCGCGGGAAAGUUAUCCACUCCAAGUUCCGGCAAGCCAAACUGACCGGAGAAGAAGACAGCGGCCGGAACGCCGGAAUUCGCGGGACUUGAAAAAAUUCUCGGCGCGCCGACGGCGGCGGUGCGGCGGAGGAGAGCGGGGAGGGUUUCGCACGGGGGAAGCGUGUAAGCAGGAGUUGGCACGCGUUAAGGCACUUAUCUUCGGACGUGCCGUUCACACGCAUUGCACGGUGACAAGAUGUGGGGUCCAUGGUGGGGCCCUUUCGGUUGGAUCUUUCAAAAGGAAGAUCCAAAUUGCAGUUGAGGAAAGAUGGUGCAACGCAUGUGUGACGGCGGAAGAGACGGUGGAACACGUGCUACUUCACUGCCCAAAAACUGAACAAGUGUGGAACAAUAUUCAGCAAUGGAUCAACAUCAAGACAGUGACACCAAGAGGUUUAUCUCAACACUUUCUUUCUUUUAUUCAUGCAAGCAAAGAUAAGAGAUGGCGGAAAUUCUUGAAAGGAUUGUGGAUUGGUACGGUUUGGAUUCUGUGGAGAUGUCGGAAUGAGAGCAGGUUCCAAGGAAAGGUGUGGGAUGUUCAAAAAGUUACACAGGAGAUUAUAGGCAGGAUGUGGAGUUGGAACUCUUUUUUUCACAUUGUGGACAUUAACUUUCCUUUCUCUUUGUGGUGCUCGAAUGGGCUUGUUCUGGACUCUUUGUAAUUUGGUACCUCUGGUACCUGCUUUUCGUUUCUUAUAAUAAAUU